UUCAUACUUGUUUUUUCAUCAUUCAUUAUGCUAUCCGGUUGCUGAUUGUGGGUUAUAUUUUUUUUGUUUUCUCCUCUUUACCUAUUUCAUAGGGAACAAUGACUAUUAAGGGGUUGUCUUUAAACAUGCCAAGAAAUAAUUUAGUAUCCUUGAGUACCAAGGCAUUUGAGAAUAUGAAGAGGAUUCUUCUACUCAACUUUGAUCAUGUACAGCUUAACGGAGACUAUGGUUGUCUAUCAAAAGAUUGAGAUGGCUUUGUUGGCAUAACUCUCUCUUAGAAAACUUGCCAACGGACUUCAAUCUAGAAAAGACAGUUGCCAUUGACUUAAAGUGGAGUAAUCUCACAAAAGUAUGGCUGAAAAACCAGGUAUUUGCAAUGAACUUUUGGAAUUAAACACUAGUAAAGACGAUUUGUGCUAUUUUUCCAUCUAUUCUGUUAGUUUAUUUAUUAUACGCAUGGUUUUUACUUUGAGAUGAUCUCUUUGCAUAGGUGAUGGAAUGGUUGAAAGUUCUCAAUUUGGGUCAUUCUCAUUGCCUAACAGAAACACCUAACUUCUCAAAACUACCGUAUCUUGAGAAGCUGAUACUUAAAGAUUGUCCACGUUUGUGUAUGAUUCACCCUUCCAUUGGGAAUCUUAGAUAUCUUAUUAUGUUAAAUUUGAAAAAUUGCAUUGGCUUGGAGCAGCUCCCAAAAGGUAUAUAUGACUUGAAGUCAUUGAGAACUCUCAAUCUUUUUGGUUGCUCCAAGAUUGAAAGGUUGGAUGAAGACAUUGAGAAAAUGGAAUCCUUAAUGAUUUUGGGAGCCAGUCACACUGCUAUAACACAAGUACCUAUCUCAAUAAUGAGACUGAAGAACAUUAAAUAUGUUUCUUUAUGUGGUUAUGAAGGAUUGCCCCGUGAUGUAUUUCCAUCUCUUUUUUGUCGUGGAUGCCCCCAACAAAUCAUUCAAAGUCCUUUUGUCAAGCCUUUGGGAUCACGCCAUCGUUAAUCAAGUUUGUUUCACAUCCUUUGUUUGCCAAAAGUCAUAAACUGUUCAAAGCAAUAUCAAGAACAUCUCAAGCUUCACAUAAAAAGACGCCGGCAUUGAUUGGUUUUCACGAGCAAGUUUACAAGAAAAGAUCAGAAACAUUCACGAGUUCUCUCACUAUUCAUGUAGGUGAGCUCAACCGAGUCAUUGACACACUUUUAAAAAGUGUUGCACAGGGAUGCAAUGAAAGAGGGUUUGGAGUUAAUUCUCUUCCUGGAGACAAUUAUCCUCAUUGGCAGAAUUUUAAAGGUGAAGGAUCUUCGAUAUUCUUUGAAGUUCCUCAAAUUAUUGGCAAAAGCUUGAAAGGAUUGAUUCUGUGCGUAAUAUAUUUGUCUUCUCAAGAUAACAUGACAUCUGUAUAUCCUGUUGGAGUCUUGGUAUCAAACCGUACAAAGGGUGCCAUUAAAUUCUACCAGAAAGAUGCAACAAGUGCCUCAAAUGAUGAAGAUAAUUGGCAAGACAUAAUCUCUAAUUUGGAGCCUGGUGACAGAGUGGAGGUUCUAGUCACUUUUGCUUGUGAAUUGAAAGUGAAAAAUACACUUGUCUAUUUGGUAUAUGAUAAAGAUGUUAGCAAGAGAAUCAUGUAUUGAAUGUAUCCGAGAACAUAUUUUUAUAGGCAGUCUUUGAAUGUGAAAAAGAAAAUCUCAAAUAAAAAUGUAAUCACAACUGUUGUUAGAGCCAAGCUGAUAGAUAAAAGAUUUUUGCUUGCAGAA